GAAUUAGCACUACUGCAGAUAUGACGCGAGUAGUUUGAUUCAGCUGUAAAUCGACAGAAGUGACAGCACCCACCACUUUCUUUCUGCGCUGGAAAAAGUUGUCUUCCCGUUUUCACUGGACUCUUCGGGCGAUUGCGAACAGUGGGAACAGUACAGAGCUUGACUCGGACUGACAGUUAAUAAAAACGACUGCAAGCAUGAAACUGGAAGUAUUCUGCGGAAAUCACUUCACAGCCAAGCCACUGGAGGUGUGUAGCGAUGGUGAGGGGAGCAUGCUCUCUCCGCUCUCUGGCGAAGAGGAACUGGGUUCGGAUGGGGAUUGCGUCGCCAACAGCCCCGCACCUGCCACACUUGAAACUGACGGGAAGGGUAAGCCUUACACGAGGAGACCCAAACCACCCUAUUCCUACAUCGCCCUGAUCGCCAUGGCCAUCCGUGACUCUUCAACUGGACGUCUUACUCUGGCGGAGAUCAACGACUACCUGAUGAAGAAAUUCCCCUUUUUCAGGGGUAGCUACACCGGCUGGAGAAACUCGGUGCGUCACAACCUGUCACUGAACGACUGCUUUUUGAAAAUUCUACGGGACCCUUCUAGACCCUGGGGUAAGGACAAUUACUGGAUGCUGAACCCACACAGCGAGUACACCUUUGCAGACGGGGUGUUCCGUCGCCGGAGGAAGCGCAUUAAUAAAAAGCCUGGAAAGGACGACGUUCCAGGACGCAGAGCCAGCGAAGCAAUAACUGCCUCCAUCACAACAGCACCCUCCAAGAAAGACGGCGUGAAUGCCAAGUUUUCCAGCUCUUUCGCCAUUGAAAGCAUCCUUAGUUCGCCGUUUAAGGGAAAGGACGAUAGCAAGGCCGAGACGAACAUCAUCUCCGGGGACAGAGCGCGGUGGUCCGGCAUCGCCCACGUGAUGCCUUACGUCAUGAGCUAUCCAAAUGCUGGCCUGAGCCAAGUGCAGCCGGUGUUCCACGGCUAUCCCAACGCUGCGCAUUUUAUGCAGUCAUACAGGUGUGGCUACUCCGACCCGGCAAGUGGCGCGUAUAAGCCCCAGGACAGUUUCACUCCCGUUCAGCUGACCUUGAAGGGCGUACCAUUUUCUGAGACAUGUUCUUCUGUUCGACUGGCUCCCGCUGUUAAAGAGCGCAGCUACUCCCCGUUCAAAAUUGACUAUUUGCUUUCAUAACACAUGUUACUGUACAUGACUGUUGUCGUGAGCACUUAUAUAUGCACUGUGUAGAUAUAACAAUAUUAAUAUAUCAGCAGUGACUUCAUUAUUAUGAUGAUAAUUCGCUGAAUAUUGAAAUGUUCUGUUGUGCCACUGGCAGGAAUAUAUUUUAUGUUCUGGGACUGUAAAGACAUCGACGGCACUGUUAUGUGUACAAUGUUAUUUGAUUUAUCGUGCAAACUGCAGCAGCAUCCACGUGCUGAAAUGUGGACAAAUGCUGCCCAAUAGCAUAUUUAUGUCUUAGGCAACAUUUGACUUGAACAGUUUAAGGUUUUAAUACAUGUCUGGUAUUGUGACAAUGCUCGAAUCGAGCUGUACCAGAAUGUAAACACAGGUUGCAGAAACUGACAAUGUAUGUACAUUUGUA